AUGGCCCCCUCUGGCCUUCCAGACGAAGUACUCAACUUGUCCAGCAUUGAACUUUUGAUCAUACAAGCAUUACCCAAUCACACACUGGAAGCACUGGAGGAACCAGACUCCCCUCAGUCUCUUGCCCACCAGUGGUUACUGACAGACUUAGAAGAAAACAACUACACCCUCACCAGCAGGCUCAAGCAGAGGUUUGCGCUUGCUUCACUCUUCCAUGCUACAAAUGGAGAGGACUGGUUGGUGAAUGAUCAUUGGUUGAACCAUUCAGUUCAUGAGUGUUUUUGGUUUGCAAGAGAGACCUUUUUGGAUGUACCUACUGACAAUUUUUCCUACGUUGAAGUAACAAACCCCAAUCCUUGCGAGAUGCCACCCGAGCAAAUCAAUGGCUCAAGAGCUGUCAACAUUGAACAUAACCACUACCAGCAUAUCUGGCUCCAUUCUAAUUCACUUCAAGGAAGCUUGCCCCUCGAACUUUUUUGGCUCACUGACUUGAGAAGCAUUUCCCUAUACAACAACCAAGAUGUGGCUGGUUCUAUUCCCUCCAAUAUUGGGAAGCUAAGCAAGGUGGAAGCCCUUAACUUGGGAGGAACAAGCCUUUCUGGCUCACUUCCAACUGAAAUUGGCCUCUUGUCUGACUCCAUGUUCAGUAUUGCCAUAAUCAAUGCUCAAUUGGAGGGAAACCUUCCAUCAGAGCUAGGAACCCUGCCCACAGAAAUUGGUUUGCUUAGUGACGUCAAGGAUUUUGCUGUAUACGGCAACAGCUUCACUGGAACCAUCCCAAGUCAAGUGGGUCUUAUGUCCUCUGUGGAAAAUCUUGACUUUGAUGAAAACUACAUUUCUGGAACUUUUCCCUCGGAGGUCUUCCUUCUCACCAACAUGAGGCGCUUUUGGGCUUGUUGUAAUGUUCUCACUGGAACCAUCCCCAGUGAGUUUGGCGGGAUUGCCACCCUUGAAUGGUUCCAAUCAGGUUCAAAUGCUCUGACCGGAACCAUUCCUGCCGAGUUUGAACAACUACCACUUCUGAACACUUUGGAUUUGGAACAUAACAUGUUGUCUGGGUCACUCCCACAAGGUCUCAGUCCCCAUAUUGAGUGGUUGGAUGUCACCAACAACAGCAUGUUGACUGGACCCUUGCCAGCACAGUUUACCAAUUUGUUUUGGUUGUUUUUGGAAGGGACACAAAUCUCUGGAAUUCUUCCACACUAUCUUUGUGACAUUGAUACCCUGGAGUUUGACUGCAGUGCAAUCCUGUGUGGAUGUGGUUGUAGUUGUAUGAAUGAAACCAACACCACUUUUUCCCAAGUCAUGAAUUCAACAAAUGGUGAUGCUUCCCGGGUGUGA